AUGUCAACGUCGGACUCAACAGUGACCAUCACCUGUGCAGAUGGAAAGUGGAAUAAGCAGGUGUCGUGUGAGCCAGUAGACUGUGGUCUACCAGACAAGUACCACGUCCACCCAGCCAACUUUAACUUCCCUGAGGGAACUACCUAUGGCAGGAGGAGCACCUUCCAAUGCAGGGAGCCUGCCCAGCUCGUAGGUUCUAACAACACUCUGACGUGUCUGGAGGAUGGUCUGUGGUCAUUCCCUGAGGCACUGUGUGAGCUGCGCUGUCCGGCCCCACCCCACGUGCCCAACGCCAUGCUGCAGACCAAGCGCUGCAACGACACGGGUCUCAAAGUGGGCUCCCUCUGCAAGUACAAGUGCAAGCCGGGCUACCACGUCACCAACAAGCCCAAGAGGCGAGCCUUUAAGCGUCAGUGCACAGAAGACGGCAGCUGGCUGGAGGGGGCGUGCGAGCCGGUGACCUGUGACCCUCCGCCUGCCAUCUUCCACGGCAUGUAUCAGUGCACGGAUGGCUUCCGCUUCGACAGCACCUGCUGGAUCAACUGCCCCGGAGCCAACCACACGGGGCCUAGCACCAAUGUGAUCCGCUGUAGGAAGGACGGCAACUGGACUGGCUCCUUCAAGCUCUGUCCUCAGAGCAAGGGACAGUGCUCUCUACCUCAAAACCUCAACCCCAGCAUACAAGUCAGCUGCAAGAAGGGACAUGGAAUAGGUGAGGAGUGUGAGCUGAUGUGCAAGGACAGUAACAACGACGUGGGUGAUCCUGCCUAGCAAUAUGACCGCAGACAGCGUACUCAAAGAGCACUGGAGAAACCCACCCAAAGUCAAGAAUGUAGUGUGCACAAUGGGACUGAAGUGGUAUCCACACCCAGAGGUGCUCCACUGCAUCAAAGGAUGUGAG